AUGCCACGAGGACUGUCUGAUGACAUCAAAAAGCUCAUUGCGGAGAAGUAUGAAAAUACCGAUCCGACAAUGAAGCAGAAAGAGUUGAUGACCUGGGCUACUGAUGAGUUCGAAAGGCCGAUUUCGCUCCAUAACGUGAGAAACAUCAUCAAGAUAACAAAGAGGAAUCAGGAACACGACAACUUUGGAGUAGAAAAAAAGCGCGACAAUCCCGAGCAAACCGAGUUCGAAGAUUUUCUUGCCCUGCAAUGUAAAGUCACUUUUAAUGCUAAGAGAUGCAAGUUUAACAAGGAUGACGUUAUUCGACUAGCAGAGAACUCACUUCAACAACCAUUUUUCAACAUCACCAUUUCGGCGCUGGUCGAUAACGCAGUUCCGAGUGCGCCUGUUCUCGCCAAGGAGACAAUGACGAACUCGGACGUGGGCCCAGUUCAAGCUCAGAACUCCACCUCCUCCGUCGCCUUUGGAGACACUCCCUGGAUCGGGGACGCGCACAACCAGGCGCUGCACGCUCAUGUUGCCGAAAUCGAGACACCGCCACUAGAAGAGCAAACUUCUUCAGAUUCCAAGUCUGCUUCUCCGCCAAAAACAGAGUCGCGGGACAGCGGCAAAGAAUCGCCCAACUACACGUCUUCUGUCGGCAACGCAAACGAGCGCUGUUUCUCGUACCCUUAUCCGACCCCGGCCAGACGUAGACAUCGAACCUCAUUCACUCAGGAUCAACUAAACCUGCUCGAAAGUGCCUUCGCCAAGACGCAAUAUCCAGAUAUCUACUACAGAGAAGAACUGGCGUCAAGAACGAAGCUCACCGAAGCUAGAAUUCAGGUUUGGUUCCAGAACCGCCGCGCCAAAUUCCGCAAAGUACAGCGCCAAAUGAUGGCCGUUUCGCUCAACACAUCUUCAAGCCCACUGGGUGCGCACAGUGCCACCGCCAGACCACAGAUACCGACAUCAUUUCCUCAAGGUUUUCCAGCGAUGCCCUCGCUACCCGGAUAUCCAGCGCCGACAAGUUACCCUUAUUAUCCGCUGGGAAACUCGGCCAUGAGCUCUGGUGAUUUACCCCCGCCAAACGCUAGCGAAGGAGCGGCUUACGAUUGGUCAGCAUACGCUCGGAGCCAGCUCUCACUCCCCACACCGCCCGGUUCCGCGGCUGGGAACACGCCCGCGGCUCAAAACCCUCUUCUCCAAUUCGCUGGCCUCCAAGGACUCGACCCAGCGAAAUGGGGCGCCAGUGGCGAGCUAAAAUGGCACUAG